GCCUGCCCAUCCAACCACACAGCCAGGCCUGGGGCUGGGAACUGGCUGAAUGGGAGCCCAGGCCCCAGCUGGCCAGGAGCAGCCCCUCUCAUUGGUUUUCCCCACAUUUCUUAGCCUGUGGCUUCCAAGGUGUGGGCACCAUGGCCCGAGCCCUGGGGGAGGACCUCAUGCAGACUUCUGAGCUACAGGAUGACUCCAGCUCUUUGGGGUCUGACUCAGAGCUGAGUGGGCCUGGUCCAUAUCGCCAGGCUGACCGCUAUGGCUUCAUUGGGGGCAGCUCAACAGAGUCAGGGUCGGGCUACCCUGCUGCAGACCUGAUCCGCCAACGAGAGAUGAAGUGGGUAGAGAUGACCUCACACUGGGAAAAAACUAUGUCCCGGCGGUACAAGAAGGUAAAGAUGCAGUGUCGGAAAGGCAUCCCCUCAGCCCUGCGGGCCCGGUGCUGGCCUCUGUUGUGUGGGGCCCAUGUGUGUCAGAAGAACAGCCCUGGCACCUACCAGGAGCUGGCAGAGGCCCCUGGAGACCCACAGUGGAUGGAGACCAUUGGCAGGGACCUGCAUCGUCAAUUCCCUCUGCAUGAAAUGUUUGUGUCACCCCAGGGCCAUGGGCAGCAAGGCCUCCUGCAGGUACUCAAAGCCUACACCCUGUACCGACCAGAACAAGGCUACUGCCAGGCACAGGGUCCUGUGGCUGCUGUGUUGCUCAUGCACUUGCCCCCGGAGGAGGCCUUUUGGUGUCUGGUACAGAUCUGUGAGUUCUACCUCCCUGGCUACUACGGACCUCACAUGGAGGCUGUGCAGCUAGACGCUGAGGUGUUCAUGGCCCUCCUGCGGCGGCUGCUCCCACGUGUGCACAAGCACCUACAGCAGGUGGGCGUCGGGCCCCUGCUUUACCUGCCUGAGUGGUUCCUGUGCCUCUUCGCCCGUUCCCUGCCCUUCCCCACGGUGCUGCGUGUCUGGGAUGCCUUCCUCAGCGAAGGUGUCAAGGUGCUGUUCCGUGUGGGGCUGACGCUGGUGCGCCUGGCACUGGGCACUGCAGAGCAGCGCAGGGCCUGCCCAGGGCUCCUGGAGACGCUUGGUGCCCUUCGAGCCAUCCCCCCUGCUCAGCUGCAGGAGGAGGUCUUCAUGUCUCAGGUGCACAGUGUGGCCCUGUCUGAGCAGGACCUGCAGCGGGAGAUCAGGGCCCAGCUGGCUCAGCUGCCCGAGUCAGCACCGGGGCCACCUCCUCGGCCACAGGCCCGCCUUUCUGGGGCACAAGCCAUCUUUGAGGCCCAGCAGCUGGCUGGGGCGCGAGAAAGUGCCAAGCCCGAGGUGCCCCGGAUUGUGGUGCAGCCCCCAGAGGAGCCCAGACCCCCACGUCGCAAACCCCAGACUCGUGGCAAGACUUUCCAUGGGCUCCUGACUCGGACCCGAGGCCCUCCCCUUGAAGGCCCGCCCAGGUCCCAUCGAGGCUCUGCCUCCUUCCUGGACACCCGCUUCUGAGGCUUCUACUCUGAGGGUACCAUGGAUUCAGCAUUCCCCCAAUCUUGAUCAGGUGAAUGGCUGAUGCCAGCCCUGAAAAUGGGCACUGCACUUUACUGCUGAGGUCUGGGGACUCAGCCCCCUUCCCAGCAAGUCCAGGCAGUGGGGGAGAGGAAUCCCCCAAUGUUACAGACUGUGUCAAGCACAAAGAUGAAGGAAGGUCACAAAGUAGAGCUUGUGGGGACCCAAGCCAGACACCUGCCCGUGGAGCCUUCCUGGUGCCAGGACCCUUGCAGACAUCAAAGCCAGCACUGAAGGACUGGGAUGGAGAGACGGCUGGGUGGGCUGCCGGCCUCCAAAGAGCUUCUGGAAUAAAGUCUGACUGAGUAGAUA